AUGCAGUCAUCCGCAAACCGAUCAGACAGCCUCGACACUAUCGCCUUCGAGAAUGCCGCCGUCGACUACCAGCUGUCGCAGUACAUCGACGAGAUGCUCCCCUGUGAGGUCUCCAGGGUGCUGGUGAUCUAUACCGGAGGCACCAUCGGAAUGAGCAACACAAAGCAGUUCGGCUAUGUUCCUGUGCCAAACUUCCUCGCUGAGACUCUGUCCGGUCAGGCUCGAUUCCACGAUCUCCCUUCGCUCAACACAGUCUUUGGACGACUCUCGCGGACGAAUUCUAGCGUAGACCUCCAGUUCAAGCCUCAAACCUCUGCCAUGAAUGGACUCUUCACCCAACAUACCAUUCCCCCUGACCACGCCACCCUCAAUGGAACCGCGUCUGGCGCUACCCUCCCUCCCAAUACCCCAGUGAACAAGAUCCGUAUCCCAUGCUUCUCGCACCUGCCCAACAGUCAGGGCAAGAUCCCAUCCUUGAUUACACCACCCUCGCUUUAUGGCAAGCGCAUCCGAUACUCGAUUUUGGAAUACGAUCCUUUGUUGGAUUCGUGCAAUAUGACCAUGACGGACUGGGUCCGAAUUGCGACGGACAUUGAAGCCAAUUACCAACUAUAUGAUUCUUUCAUCGUUUUGCACGGCACCGACACGAUGGCGUACACUGCGAGCGCACUGAGCUUUAUGCUUGAGGACCUUGGAAAGACUGUCAUUAUCACCGGUUCUCAGGUACCCAUCACCGAGAUCAGAAACGAUGCCAUUGAUAACCUCCUCGGCGCACUCACCAUCGCAGGCCAUUUUGUCAUCCCUGAAGUCUCCCUCUACUUCAGCAACAAGCUCUUCAGGGGUAACCGCUCCUCAAAACUCGACGCCAUCGACUUUAACGCCUUCGACAGUCCUAACUUGCCACCCCUCGUCAAGGUCGGCAUCAAUAUCGAUGUGAAUUGGUCCGAGGUUAUUCGUCCAACGUCCCUCUCUCGCUUCCGUGCUCACAAGUCGAUGAACUCCAAUGUCGCCAGUCUGCGCCUCUUCCCUGGCAUCACCGAUACGACCAUCAGAACCUUGCUAGCACCUCCCAUCCAGGGUGUUGUCUUGGAGACCUAUGGCGCUGGUAAUGCACCUUCGACUCGCGCUGACCUGAUUGCUGCCCUGAAAGAAGCCUGCGACCGUGGUGUCGUCAUCGUCAACUGCACUCAAUGCAAGCGUGGAUUGGUGACAGAUGCAUACCAGACGGGCAAAGUCCUCUACAACGCUGGUGUCAUUCCCGGAAACGAUAUGACACCCGAGUGUGCACUCACAAAGCUCUCCUACCUCUUGGGACACAACCUGCCCAUUGCCAAGGUUCGUGAGAUGAUGACCAAGAACAUGCGCGGUGAAUUGACAGUCAUCCAGCCUCGCACCCGGUUCAGUUACAUCAACCGCACCCACUCGUUGCUCCAGCUCCUCUUCAGAGCAGCCUCCAAUGGAUUGCUGACGCAGAACGGACAAUCCCUUCCAGGCAGGGUGCCCACUGAAGGUCAAUUGGUGGAGAAGCAGAUUGAGCAGGUUGCUCAGCAAUUUAAGAAAAAGACGUUCCAUCUUGCCAGCAACGAGUCUGACACAUCAUCGGAUGCUGGAUCUGGGGUUGAGGAUCUAACCUUGCCCCCUGGUGCCGACUCGCAGCUGGGAGUAGGAUCUCUGUCUCAUGAGGACCAGCGCUGGAUCGAGAGAAGUCUGUACCCGUUGCUGAUCUGUGGUGCUGCUGGAAGUGGUGAUCUUGAGGGUCUGAAGAAGCUGUGGGAGGUUAUUGCCGAUGGACACGGUCCCAACAAGAUAUCACAGAACCUCGGACCAGCCAGCACUGACAACACCCGAUCUUCGUCGCCCAGCUUCUUAGGUGGAACGGCUGUUAUGGGGGGCGAUGGUAUCGGUAUGAACAGCGGAGACUGGGAGGGUCGUUCACCCCUUCAUAUUGCCUGCAGUGCUGGUCACUUGGACGUUGUUUGCUUCUUGCUGAGCCAUGGAGCGUCGAUCCAUGUCCGUGAUCGGUUGAACCACACCCCUCUCUACGAUGCCGUGACCAGGAGCAACAAUUUGGAGGUUGUUAGGGUCCUUCGUGAGACUGGUGCCCACUUUAACGACUCGGAGGUCUCGGACUUGGGAUGGAAGCUGAUGAUUGCUGCCACUGAGGGCGACCUGCCUCGUGUGUCGAUGAUUGCUGAGGCGGGUUAUGACCUGAACCGACCCCUUUUUGACCAACGUACGGUGAUGCACAUUGCAGCGGCGGAGCACCGUCAUGCGGUGCUGGAUUACCUCCUCAGCAAGUUCCCUGAGAUUGAUGUGACCAUCAAGGAUCGUCUGGGACGCACCUGUGUCGAUGAGGCGGGCGAUUGCGAGUCCUGCCAUGCAUCCUUCCUUACCAAGUCCACUUAG